GGGAUUUCCGACAAAUUUCUUCCUAAGGAAUUCCGUCAACUUUUCCGUCUAUAGUAGACUGACGUCAAUUUGCUUCCCGGCGCCUCUGCUCAAUGUCUUAGACGCACCCUAUUCGGACAUCAAAUCACCGCUGGUUCUAGGCACCUGGGGGAGCGGCCUCAUCGGUGGGGGGAUUUCUCCCAUGGCUGCAUCGGUCUCCCUUUCUCUCGGUUCCGUUUCGAUCGUGCCCUUCUCGGGCCGUAGCACGGCUAGUAACCGUUUCCCCCUACCUCCGCCCUUCUCGGGCCGUACCACGGCUAGUAACCGUUUCCCCCCACCUCCGCUCUUCACGCGCCGCAGUGCGGUUAGUAGCCGUAGUACGUGGCCGCUGCCACGUGGUUUGUGCCUAAGACCACGUGGCGUACGGCUAAGAGCUCAACCCGAUUCUUCUGACGACAGCGGUGGCGCAAACGCCCAUCGCGUCUUCCCACAUUCACCUUCCGCCAGCUCCUCCCCUUCCCCUCCCCCGUCCCCAUCCCCGUCCCCCGCUCCUCCCCCAUCUUCCCCCACUCCGCUCCCCCAAUCUCCCCCCCCCUCCCCCCCUCCGCUCCCCUCCUUCCAAGACGGCAUAACCUGGUUCUGCCUGUCUUUAAUCGGCUUAAUAGCUCUUAUAGACCUCUCCCCGCUAGGCCCUAUUCUCCGCUCCGCCCCUCCGCAAUCCGUGCCCGCCCUACUCGCGCUCGUGCAGUGGCUCUUCUUCGUCCUUCCCGCGCUCUCCUGGUGCCGCGACCGCGGAUUCCCCCUCCGCGCAACCCUCAAGCUGCAGCUUCCGCCGGGGGGAGGGGGUGGGGGAGGGGAGGGGCCUGGGGUAGGGGGAUGGGGGCGAGCUGGCGAGCGGGGAGGCAAGGGGGAUGGGGAGGGGGAGGGGUUAGCGGGGAAUGGGAGCUGGUGGAAGGCAGUUGCGGCAGGGGCAGUGGGGGGUCCGAUUUUAUGGGCACUACUGUUCUCUCUAGUGUCACUCAAGGCCGGUGCUGGGGGUGAUGGGACACUAGAGUUAGCCGAAAUAGCAGCAGCAACGGCAGGAGGUGAUAGUGUGAGUGCUGCAGGCCUAUUGCUGGGCCCUGUUUUGCUGCCGGAUGGAGCAGGGGGGAGCUUAACUGCUACAGCUGCCACGGCUGUGUCUGCCCUCCCCCUGCUGGACGUGCUACAGCUGUUCCUGUGGGUGGCAGUGUCGCCGGCUGUAGCAGAGGAGCUGCUCUUCAGAGGACUGCUGCUCACGGCCCUGCAAGACAGGCUCGGCAGAAUCGACGCUGCCAUGCUAUCUGCGGCCCUCUUCGCCCUCUUCCACCUCUCCCUCUCCCUCUUCUUCCCAAACAUGGCCCUUGGGAUUGCCGCUGGCCUGCUUGCCGUCUACUCCAAUAGCGUGCUGCCAGCUGUCGCCCUGCACACCACUUACAAUGCAUCUGCCCUUCUCUAUGCACUCAUGGCUACGGCUGCUGCUUCUGUAUAGCAAGGAAGGGUUGUUGCCACCUUCAGUUUAGUGCAUUCCUAUUAACACGUGUAUGCAUGAAAUUUAACACGCACAUAAGCCAUCGCAUAGCCUCAAAU